AUGGUUCUUCUUAAAGUAUUCCUUGUGCUUUGUGCCUUGGCGUAUGGGACGUCGUUAUACGCAAACCUUGAUGGCGAUGCAAAAACGAAUAGUGCAACCUCGCUAGUAAGAAUAAAACGUGAUUUAUAUGUUGGAGGUUCAGCCCAACUUGAACUUUAUAUACUUUAUAGUACAGGGCACAAGAAACGUCUAACGAAAAAAAAACAUGUGUCUGAUUAUUUACGCAAGUUUGUGGAAAAGAUCAACGAGAUAUUUCAAACUCAGAAACACAUACUGGUUGUAACUUUCAAACUUGUUCAUGCCUCUCUGUGGGAACCAAAGAUGCACCCCAUGUAUGCUGAGCAGCUGAAAUCAAAACUGAAAAAAUAUGCCACGAGAUUAGAAACGUCGUGGAGUAAACAACACCCCAGUGUACCCAUUAGUGCUUUUCUUUUUCUGACCACGCAGCAAAUUAUAAACAAAACAGGAAAUUCUCAAGCCGGUAUCUCUGGAAGAAUCGGAGGAAUUUGUCUGACGGGAGAAAAAGUAGCUGCAGCGACGGAUGACGCCCAAUUCAGCGGCGUCAGGAGCGCAGCUAUCCAGCUGUCGCUUCUCAUGGGUGCUGUGUAUGACGGACAGGAACCUCCUGGAAGAGAGUUCGUACCAGGUAGCGACGGAGCUGGACACUGCGACCCUAAAAACGGAUUUCUGAUGGGACAUUGGGGCAAAGAUGAGAAGAAUAGCUCAACGUUAUCUACAUGCACUUCGUACCAGGCGAUACUUGGUCUAAGGCAACGUGGACUCGAAUGUUACGGAACUACAGAUGACUAA